AUACAAUAAUAUUUUCUAAACUAAGAACCCGCGUUUUGAUAUCUUCUUUGCCAUAGAUUAAUACAUAAUAUAAUAUUAACGUACAUAACCUUAAUAGAUAUAUACAUAUAUACAUAUAUUUUUAACUGCACUUUUUUUUAUAAAUCAACACGAUAUUUUAAGCCGUCAAACGUCCGUAAGAUUAGCGCUUCGUAAUUAUUUUUCAAAUUUCUAACAACAACUCAAAAUGGACUUGGACUUGGAGCAGGGCAGAAAGAGCAUCGCACAAUUCCGCAAGAGUAUCUAUGGUGGCGAUGAAGUGGAGUUCGCGGAUAUAUUUCAUUACGACAUGGAUGAGCAGGAUCACACCAAGAUACUGACGGUGAUGAGAGACUCUCUGCAUCAUCUGCCAGAUUCAUUUCGUGCUGAUAUGUUUGAAAAAUUAAUCGAGGAUCACCCGGAACUACGUUGGGACACGGAGGAGCCGGAAAUAAGGAAGGAAGAUGUGCCCGAACUGCUCGCAUAUGAGAGUUUGUUGCCUCAUCGCUGGCAGUCCAUACACGAUGAAUUCGAUAAGCAAUUGCGCUCAUUCAGCAGCACUUUCUCGAUACGCGAUCCCGAUAAGUUUUGGACUCUAAUGCAAUUGCAACGUCAUCCAGAAUUUGAGCUAUCACGCAUGUACGCCAUACAGAAAUUGGCCAACGAUGUGAACAACUCUUUGUAUAUGAUCUACAAAGUGAAUCAGUGUAAAAAUAAGGAUUUCAAAUUAGAAGAUUACGAUCACUUUCAAGUCUUCAGCUGGACGGUAGAUCGAUUUUUGGCUCGUCGGCACCUAAAGGGCAUUGCUUGGGUGGAUAUUUUUAAGAAAUCUUUAACCGAAAAAUGUUUGGAUUCCUUCAAAUUUCGUUAUGAUAUUAUGGAAUUGGUGCGUCUAUUGAAGCCGUACUUUUUGAGUUUCUGUACGAAGAAUAGUGUGCUCGUGGCGGAAACAUUAGAGAUGAUCAAAAAUGCAAGCAACCUACUGGAAAUGCAUAAUAAAAUCACAGAUGAAUUGGAGAAGAGUGUGCAAUAUUUUAUGGAGAAAAUCGAUCAAAUAACCAAUAUUUCGGUGCAGCGCCGCAGUGUGGGCAGAGAUGUCGUGAUGAACUACUUGGAAAUGGAAACACUGGCUUAUAUUGUACGCGAUCCCAUUGAGCAGCGAUAUCAUAUGAAUUAUAUGAGACACAGAGCCUCUGACUGGCAGAAUUAUACUGAAACACAGGAAAAUGCGAUUAUGGGAGAAGUGGAGAGAAUACGAAGGAAGCAAAAAACUGAAGAAUAUUGUAAUGCAUCUAUAAUGCAAUGCUAUUAUGGGAUAAUAGGGGACUACAAAAAUCGCAUUGAAACAAUGUCUAAAGACUACGAACAACGUUUCAAUCAACUUGAAGACAAGAAUAGAAAACUUCGUUACGACAUCGAUAAUAUGAAGUUGCAACAUGAAUUUCUGUUAGCCGAAAAGGAGUAUUUCCGACAACAAAUCAGCGAAGUCUUAAAUACUGGCAGUAUGUCUGAGAAAGCGAAGCGUUCCAGGGGAAAACGCUCCCUACCGUCCGUGUCAUCAACACAAGCAGCUUCAGUCACAAAGUUGCCUUCGUUUAAGAGCAAAACCGGAAAGAUAAAUUAAAUGUACAUACAUACAUACAUAUGUAUACACAUAAAUAUUUUCCUUAUUGGAAU